GUCAUGCAAGUCCAAAGGAUAGUGAGGAGUCCAAUGUAGAGACAUUGCUGGCAGCCUGUCUUGUCAUAGCCUACAUUUAUUCUGUUUCGGCGCUGCAGAAGCUUUUUGGAGCGCUAUUCUUUAUGAAUUACGCACAAACCAGGAGGCGUCUCUUUACAUUUAGUUGUAUCAUCUGUGUUGAGAGGACGAUGCCUUUGAGGACCGGACUUUUUCUCCUGAUGGUGCUGAACGCAUCUGCAUAUGAACUGGAUCAAAACGAGUCUUAUUCGCCCAGGAGAGCACGCUUUACUGCCAAUAGCCCUUCAGAUGUGGCACGCUGUCUCAACAGUGCCCUCCAAGUUGGCUGCGGAGCCUUCGCCUGCCUGGAAAACUCAACUUGUGACACAGAUGGCAUGCAUGACAUCUGCAAGUCCUUCCUAUACAGUGCUGCUAAAUUUGACACUCAGGGUAAAGCAUUUGUGAAGGAGAGCCUUAAGUGCAUUGCCAAUGGCAUCACCUCGAAGGCAUUCUCCACCAUCCGCCGCUGCUCCACCUUCCAAAGAAUGAUAACUGAAGUCCAAGAGGAGUGUUACAGCAAGCUGGAUAUCUGCACUGUUGCCCGAUCUAAUCCAGAUGCUAUUGGUGAAGUGGCACAGCUACCAAGUCACUUCCCCAAUAGGUUCUAUGGGAAGCUGCUACAGAGCCUGAUGGACUGUGAUGAGGACACGGUGGACCGCGUUAGGACCAGCAUGGUGUCGCGGCUGGGCCCAGAGAUGACCAUGCUUAUUCAGCUGCUGCAGAACAAGCCCUGCCCAUCCACUGCUGUGGCUGCAGCUGCCGCCAUCCCAACUGGAGUGGAGGGCCGUGGGAGUUGGCGCUGGUCCAUGGGUCCCCAUAUGUACAAGAUCCAGCCUAAUCUGCGAAACAGAGACUCUGCCAGUCAUUUUGGCAAAAAGCGCUCUGCCAGUGACAGCUCCUAACUUCCACUCAGAUUCAGACACUCCACACAAAAAUCAUGAAAGCUCCUCUAUUCCCUAGGGGUGACAAAAUCCAUUCCUCCACUAGACUGGAAGUUACAGAAACAUGCACCUCUAGGGAAUGCCGGAACGCCCAUAGAGUUGAUAUCAGAGUUUGAUUGUUGUUAUAUUGUAUAUCCUACACUUUAGGCUUGAGAGAACCCCCCUUCCAUCGACUCUUUUCAAAAUGUGUCCACUCGCAGUUAGUAUUGAACAUGUGGCUGUUGCAUCUGUGCAACAUGGUCCUGUUUGCUCCUCUUCACCUCCUCCAACAGAGAUGAAUCCUAAAGAAAUCAAAGAAAAACAAAAAACAGCCAUAGUGGUUCACGCCUCUAGAGCACAAGUCCGUACUUUAAAAAGACAAAACCACAAAUCCCAACAUUUUUUCAUUAAUAGAGAUUAGUUGUCGGAUCAGUAUUCGUUCAUUGAUAGGAAUGGAAAAUUAUUGAUAGACGUAUCUAAUAUUUCAGUGAUGAGACCAGUCAAAUUGUGAGCAUGAGAUGUGGAAAUGAGUUUCAUAUCUAUAUUCUGACACUAACAUAACACUUAAAUGUACUGUAUACUAAGUUAUCCGAGACAGCCAUACCUAGCCCUCUAAAAUAGAGCGCUCAAAGGAGGGAGGUCUGUAGAGGUUUUAUGAUAACCUUUGAGAGGUUACCUUAAACUGACCAAAAAACUUCAAACUGCCCUGAAUGCUAUUCAUGAAAUACCAAAAUAGUGUAUAGCUAUAGCACUUAUAAUUGUUUUUUUUCUUUUCUGAUGGCAGAUGUAGCCAUGGUCAUCAACUGAAAUGUGUUUCAAAUUAUCAUCCUGCACAUGAGGAUUGUCCAGGACAUGGCCAAGUCUAUCUAUCAGUAAAAAGUCCAUUUUGCAUACCUUGUAUCCAGACACUUGUAAUGCAUAAGACUGUGGAGCUCUACAGUAUAUGUGGGACCAUGUUUAGUGGAAUCUGUAUCCAUUUUCUUAACUGAGUGUGAAGCAGUGGUGUAUGUGCAGUAGCUGAUUAGCACGUUCACCGAUGAGACUGAGAGCAGCCAUCUUCUUGGACUGAUGAGCAUCAUUCUCUGAGGUGAAUAAUGUGACAUACACACUGGCUUCCAGUGUCAAGAUUGAGAGUGACUAUUUAAAAAAAACAAAGCCUUGUUGGAAUGAUAUUUAUUUUCCUACUAUAUUAUUUAAUGUUUUUUUUUUUUAUUUUAAUGCAUUAUUGUAGUUUUAAUUAGUUUACAGAUUUAAAUAGCAGUUCAGUCAUGGCUCCGAUUUGAACAUGAGCUCUAUGCCAAAAAAACAAAAAAAAAAAAAAAAAAAAAAAAAAAGUGAGCUGACACUCUGGUGACUGAAUGGGACCCAUGUCAUGACUCUGUGCUGGCCAUAGGGGAACAAGGUUGGUCAUUCAGGUCAGGGGAUCUACUUUAUGGGUGUUACAAGGGACCACAACUAAACAAGAUAGCUUAACUUUGACACAAUUUCUGUUUUGUUUUGUUUUUUUAAAGGUUGAGCUGCUAGAUGCGCUUGUUCCAUGCGGGGAGUUUGUGCACAUUUUCAAUGAUUGAGCAGGUAUAAUCACAGUAAAGCAAACACCAGCAUCAUGUACCUCCAUAGAGAAGAUUUUUGAUGGUUCUGCACUACUUUCAGGUGCUUCUCCAUGCAUGAGAUACAAUUGAUUUUCCUUAAGAGGGCUACAAGUAUAUACAUUCAAAUCACAGCUAGUGCAUUUUUUUCUGUAAUAAUUUAUUUUAUCUUAUUGUUUUUUAAUAUAUUGGUUCUAAUAUUAUACAGUAGGGAAAGAGCUAGGGAAGGUACAAGAGAAAGAAUGACAUGCCUCACAGGACUACAUGUUGCAAAAUCUUCUUUUUGAAUGAUGUCUUCCAGGAUGCCAGUGCUGCUACAUGGAAGGCCCUCAGAAGUAUAAAGAGCUUGAAAGUUACUCCCUAUGUCACAUAAUGAGGAAAGUGAAGGGAACAUUAAAGGACAGGUUCACAAUUUGUCUUAAAACAAUAUUCAGGUGCCUAAAUGAAUAGUUUUUCUUGCUGUAAUUAUUCCUCCUGUUCAUACAAGGCAUUAAUAUGACUCCUCCUAAUGCUUUUAAUAUGUGAUGGGGACCAAAUCCACAGUCCUCGUUUUGUGCAAAAAUGUAUUUAAAAGUUCAU